UUUUUGAGUGUGCUCACCUGCGUUAGCCACACCCACCACCACACCUGACCAAGAGACGCCGCCACGAAUCUGAGCUCAUCGUCGGUGCGAUUACGGAGACCUGGUGGUGGUGGUUGAGGAGCGUAAAACUGAGAGCCAUGAUCCCAAAAUGCCUUUUAUUCGUCGUAUUUUUGCUAUGUUUUGUUCGGGGAGUUGAAAACAAAGACGAGUUAAAAGAAUUUACGUCAAGAUUAUCUACGUAUUCUAUUGUAAAACCUCAAGUGCUUCACAGAUGGGCCAGAAGCAUCAGGGAGUCACAACAUUCAAAUGAGAAGCACGGAGAUGAUACCGUUUUUUAUGCAAUCCAUAUAAACCACAAGCGGCACAUCCUUCACCUGAAAAGGAACAGGGGCUUCUUGCACCCAAAUGUUCUUCGUUCUCCACAUGGUGCCUCCGGCAAUCACAACUCCUCGCAUCCAAGACGCCAUAUACAUUGCUAUUAUCAUGGGAAAGUGGAUGGGUACAACAAGUCAAUGGUUGCCCUCAGCACCUGCUCUGGCCUCAGGGGUGUGAUCGUCCUGGAAAAUGACACAUUUGGACUUGAGCCUGUGCCAAAAUCCUCCACAAAUGAGCACGUCCUGUACCACUUUAAGGACACCCAAUUCAAAAGUGCCACCUGUGGGGUCGUUAAUGAGGCCGGAUCGUCGCCGAGCUUUGAACACUUUGAGCCCGACCAGACGCUGGUGUCUCUGCUGAGGAGGAAGCGUAAUUUACCGGGAACAAGUUAUGUGGAGUUGGCGCUGGUUGUCGAUAAUUCCAGGUAUAAAUAUAAGAACAAAAAUGACACGGCAGUCCGAGAUGAGAUGGUCGAGUUGGCCAAUCUACUGGAUGGGUACUACAAGGAGCUGAAUAUCCGUAUUGUCUUAGUUGGCCUGGAAAUUUUUAAGGAUACAAAUCCUUUUAGCGUGGAAGGCAACGCUGGAGAUGUGUUGGAUCGCUUUGUUAAAUGGAGGAAAUCAACUCUUGUACCAAAAAUUCGACAUGACAUAGGACAACUCAUAAUUGGUCCACCACAAGAUUAUGGGAGCAUCCUUGGUAUGGCCUAUGUGGGUACAGUCUGCUCCGUAGCAUCCGCUGGAGGAAUUAAUUUGUACAGAAACAAUGAGUUGACGUUUUUCUCCACUGUGGUGGCCCAUGAGAUGGGUCAUAACCUGGGUAUGAAUCAUGAUAGUGACAACUGCAACUGCGAUGGGAAAACCUGCAUUAUGGCAGCAAAUGCAGGUGGUUCCCCCAAAUUUAGCCAGUGCAGUGAGACGUACUUUGAGAAUUUGAUUCUCCGUGGAGGAGGAGUUUGUCUGAGGAAUCAGCCGUCUCCUUCAGAUGUGAUUGGCACAGCUGAAUGUGGCAAUGGUCGCCUGGAUGAGGGAGAGGACUGCGACUGUGGCAAACCAGAGGAAUGUAAGAAUAAGUGCUGUAACGCUGCCACUUGCACAUUCACAAGUGGAUCCACUUGUGCACAUGGAUUCUGCUGUGAAAAGUGUCGCAUCCAAGUUGCUGGAUGGCCGUGCAGAAAGUCUGCCGACUCCUGUGAUCUUCCCGAAUAUUGCAACGGCAAAAGCUCCUUCUGCCCUAAUGACUUCUACAUGAUGGACGGCUUGUCGUGUCAAAACAAUGCUGCCUACUGCUAUGAAGGUCGCUGCCAGACGUAUGAUUACCAAUGCAGGCAUCUUUUUGCACCAGAUAAUGCAAGAAAGGCAGAAAAUAUUUGUUUUCAACAUGCAAAUAUUAAAGGAGAUAAAUUUGGAAAUUGUGGACCUGCACCCGGUGGAUCAGGAUACUUAAAAUGUAGCUUGGCAAACUCUAUGUGUGGGAAGGUGCAGUGCACCAAUGUGGAUGUAAAUAAGCCCCCUACUGGUGCGCAUGUCAGCAUCCAACAAAUUCAAGGAGCCACUUGUGUUAACGCAGACUUUGACCUGGGCAGUGAUGUGCUCGAUCCUGCUUAUGUUAACCCCGGCAGCCCUUGUGCUACAGGAAAGACCUGUGUGGACUUCAAGUGCAUGAAUGCUUCGGUUCUGUUGCCAGAUUUAGACUGUGAUGCCAAGACUACUUGCAAUGGUCACGGGGUGUGCAACGACCAGGGACACUGUCACUGCGACAAUGGCUGGGGACCACCUUACUGCGACAAAUCAGGAUGGGGUGGGAGCAUCGACAGUGGUCCUGCUCAAAUAGACUACUCCCUCAGAAAUGGCUUGUUGAUCUUCUUCUUCCUGGUGGUUCCUCUUCUUGUUCUCCUUAUUCUGGUGCUUCUCUACAUUUUCAAAAGAGAUUCCCUGGAUGUCUGCCUAAAACGAAGAUCACGUCCUACUGGCAAUAGGAAUACAAAUGCACAACCCAAAAAUGAUGUUCAAGCAGGUGUUACAGCCCCGACUCCACAAGCCCCACCCGAAAGGCCUACAAAUCCUCCUUCUACUGCAGCACCAAUUUCUGGGUUUAGGUACGGAGAAUUGGAUUACUGGCGUUAUGAAACAAACGAGCCUCCUCCACGACCACCACCUCCUGUUCAAGGCCCUGGAGUACCUAAACCAAUCCCACCAAAACCAAUAGCUUAAAUUAAUUUUUUAUACUACAAAUCAGCAUCAUGUAAUGAUCGACUAUUUUAAUCCACUGUGAAUAGUGAACACUGAAAUUUGGAGCACCUUUAAAAUGGUUGUUUUCUAUUUUUUUGCCGGUGGUGGAUAUGAAUGAUAAAUGUUUGUUGGAGGAUAUUUUUAUCUGGCUGUUGUUACACAUUUAUUUAAAAAAUAUUUUUGAAUACAAAAUAAGUUUGUAUUUUAUACAGGGAUGUUUACUCUUUAAAAUAAUAUUUUAAAGUUUCAUUUUGUUUUAGAGAUUUGUUAUGCUGUCCAAAUUAAUAAACAUGUAUUUAAGUAUUUGGAGGUUUUGUAUUCAUUUUUUUUUUUAUUUUUAUGACUUGUAUUUGUC